UCAGGGAAUUUCCAUUUUUGAAACGAUUUUUGACUAGGGACAAGGAGUUGUCCUGGGUCCGAUUUUACUUAAAGAAAACCCUUUAAAACAACCUCUAAAAAUGAGCGGAAUGGACAUAGAUGUAGAGGAGGAUGAAUGGGCGGACCUAUCAAUCCCGGAGGGUCACGAGGCAUCCAUCAACGAGCCCCUACCGUCUACUGAUCAGACCCAGAAUGCGUCGGGAGGGUACGUCUUCAGGACAGUGGACAUAACUCGACUACGUCGGUUUCUGUGUAUGGGGACAGAGGGUGGCACCUACCACGUGCACACCGGAGAGAUGGUGCUGACAAGGGAGAACGCAAACUGCAUCGCCAGACUCAUCAACAGAGGCGAAGGAUCACAGGUUGUGGCGACUAUAAAAGAGUUCAGUUUGCAAAACAGAGCUUGCAAAGCCGACCCAAUCCUAUUUGCUCUUGCUUUGUGUUGCCGCUGUAGUGACCUUGAAACGAAGGAAGCAGCUUACAAGGCCCUGUCAGAUGUCUGUCGAAUUCCAACCCACCUUUUCCAGUUCAUCAAGUUUGCCCAAGAGGUGAACCCUAAUGGGAAGGGAUGGGGAAGAGCUCAUCGUAAGGGGGUGUCCAUGUGGUACGAGAAUUACGGGAAUAAGAAAGGCGGGAAUCUCUUAUUGGCCUACCAUAUGACCAAAUACAAGGCAAGAUUUGGAUUCACCCAUAGAGACGUUUUCCGUCUGUGCCAUAUCAAAACGAGCUAUGAUGCCUUGGGGUACCUGGUUUAUUAUUUUUGUCAUGAAAACGGUCAGAGAGAAAGCGACUGGGAGAUGGCCCUAGCAAGAAAAGAAGAAGGACUCCCGCACUUGGAAUUGAAAAAAGUUGCCGCUCUGGUGAAAGUGUUUAAAGAUGCCAAGAAGUGCACUAACGAAGAAACGAUGAAGCGAAUGAUUUUGGAACAUCAUCUGGCUCGAGAGCAUGUGCCAACUGACCUGUUAAAAUCAAGAGUGGUCUGGGAGGCAUUGAUGAGGCAUAUGCCAAUGACGGCCAUGAUAAGAAAUUUGGGCAAAAUGUCUAGUCUUGGUCUGUUGGAAUCUGACAGCUUUGGAGAAUCCCUUGCAGAGGAUAAGCUGAAAAGCAGAGAUCUAUUGAAAUCGGCUAGAAUUCAUCCUUUUACCUUAUUGGUGGCUCAUAAGGCUUACUCCAAAGGCCAAGGUGAGUUAGGAAGGCUGAGAUGGCAGGUGAAUCCGAAGAUUAGUGAUGCAUUGGAAGAAGCAUUCUAUCUUUCCUUCGACUACGUAGUCACCACAGGAAAACGAUACCUUCUGGCGAUAGACGUGAGUGGUUCUAUGAAUGCCCCCGUCAUGGGAACUCCGAUCAUUACAGCCAGAGAUGCGGCAGCUGCCAUGGCAAUGUUAACCGUCAGAACUGAACAAAGAUGCGAUGUUGUUGCUUUUUCUGGAAAUCAGGACGGUGUCACCGAAUUAUCCAUUUCGCCACAGGAUGACCUCGAUACAGUUUUGGAGAGAAUCUCUAGAUUGCCAUUCGGGUCAACAGAUUGCGCUGCUCCAAUUUUGGACGCAAUUCGAAGCAAGAAAAUGUACGAUGUGUUUGUGGUGUACACUGACUCGGAAACUAAUGUUGGCUCUGUUCACCCUUCAAAGGCCCUGAAAAAUUACCGCACCGUAUCCGGGAAUGCUAAUGCUCGGCUCAUUGUGUGUGGAUUGGCCAGUAAUGGAUUUUCUAUCGCAGAUCCAGGCGAUCCAUUGAUGAUGGAUAUCGUUGGAUUUGAUUCCAGUGCUCCAACAGCUAUCCACCAGUUUGUGAAAGGAAACAUUUAAAAUCAUAAACUGAGAAUCGGGUUUUGUUAACAUUAGAGUAGGAGGGGGUUUAAGUGUCAUUUUCCAGGUAACUGACCUAGAGGUCUCCAUGAAAGGAUUUUUUAUGCUUACAAAUAUUCUGAAGUCUUUAAAAGAAACCCUGUAAUAAUCGUAUACACUUUAUAAGAAUGUCCCCUUCCCCUUUAGUACCGUCGUGUCUUAAGUUAAAGGUGACACUGGGCAGAGAUGAAACUGACAAUGAAGAUAUCUAAAUAAAAAUUGCCAUGAUGUACAUAAAAUUUAUCAUUUCCUGUUAUUAAUUUAAAAAAUCGUUUGUUAUAAAGGAAUAUGUUUUGACAGCAUUCAACUUAACUUUUGAAGAUUUUUUUUAUAAAUAGAUAUCGAUGUUAUGUUUAAACAAUCAAAAUACAUGUAAACAUGUUUAAUAAUAAAAAGAGAUUACGUUUUCUAACUGUU